AUAUUAACUAUAAGCACUGACAAAGGGUAGUUGACAGAGACAGAAGGAGCACAAACCAGCUGGGGAACGCCACAAGAAAGGUGAUGAGUUCUCGACCACAACUGCACGAUUUCCACGGAGUCGCGAUGACUCACUGUGUCACCGACAACUGGGAGAAGGUUAAAAACUUUCAGGCCAGACCAGACGACAUACUCAUUGCGACAUACCCGAAAGCAGGAACUACGUGGGUCUCCUACAUCCUUGACCUGCUGUAUUUUGGGCACCUAUCACCAGCGCGUCAGACGUCCAUCCCUGUCUUUGAACGAGUUCCUUUUUUGGAGAUAGCGGUCUCUUCUGUGGUUUCAGGAACAGAGCUGGCUGACCAGCUGCCCACCUCCCCUCGGCUCAUCAAGACUCACCUCCCGGUUCAGUUGGUGCCUCAGUCGUUUUGGGAUCAGAAUUGUCGGAUGGUGUACGUGGCACGCAACGCAAAGGACAACAUGGUGUCUUUUUACCACUUUGAUCGCAUGAAUCAGGUGCAACCGGAGCCUGGAGAAUGGAGCAACUAUUUCCAGAGGUUCCUGGAUGGACAGAUGUUGUAUGGUUCGUGGUAUGACCAUGUGGGAAACUGGUGGAAUAAGACGAAGACCUAUCCAAAACUUCAUUAUAUGUUCUACGAAGAUAUAGCUGAGGACACUGAGAGGGAAAUAGACAAACUUUGCUCCUUCCUCGGGUUAUCCCUGUCAGCUGAAGAUAAAAAGACCGUCGUUGAGCUGGUGCACUUCGACAAUAUGAAGAACAAUGAGAUGACCAACUGUUCCAAACGCCCGUUCUUUGAUUUCUCAAUUUCUCCCUUCUUAAGGAAAGGAAAAGUUGGUGACUGGAAGACCCACUUCACUGUCGCCCAGAAUGAAGCGUUCGACGAGGACUACAGGAGCAAGAUGAAAGAUCCGACACUUCGGUUUCGCACCGAAAUUUAAACUGGACCUGGCGUAUUGUAGGUCUCAGAUGAUUUAUGACGAAGGGGAUGUUUUGAAAUUCAAAGAAAUGGAAUAAAAGCAGUAGAAUAAUUUUAA